AUGACUGAUGUUAGUGCAUUGAGCGGGGACCUACUAGAAAAGGCAAAUUCCUACAUACCGCUUAUUGAAGAAGUUUACAAGGGGACUAAUCCAAGUAUAGUGGAGGCAGAAUUACUCGGGGACUUGUUGAGGUUGUUAGCGGAGGUCCCGCUAGACUUCCAUUUAUUCUGUGAUCCAGUGCUAAAACAUAUCUCUAUAUUUUGCCUGACCAUAUUCUCGUUCAGCGAGCAAAAUACCGUUGAUUGGCUGAAGAAUAGAUUCGAUCCAAUCCUAACCCAAUGUGACAAGUGCGUUUUGAACUUUAUAAGAGGUAAAUGUAAAAUGCUAGAGCAUUUUGCAAUACAGAGGCAUGUGCCGCACGAGCACGUUUCAAGGUUUAACGAUAUCGUUUGCAUUUGGAGAAUAAAAGCAGUGUCACCGACACUCCGAAACAUCGAGGUUGUUAACAACAGUUCGGUACUAAUUACAAAAGAGAUUGAAAUGGGGAUUUUUGAAUCGCUGUGCAACCCUCAUAUGCUAAGACUGAAUAAAGAGUUUAAAGCUUGCUUCGAUGCCCUCUUCAAAUACUUCUAUGAUGAGAAGAACGAAUUUUUAAAUGUUACUAACCCGAAAAGUCUAAAUACAUUUCUGGCGGGGGUCAUAUACUGUUGGUGUGAAGGAUCUGACGAAGAGAUCAAAUGGGCUGGAUCGUUUUUGAAAAAGUUACACAAGGAAAAAUUUACAUUCACGGGUAAAACUCUACCGCCAGAUAUCCUACAAGAGGUGUACUUCCAUUUACUGUUUUUGGAGAAUCCUUCCAAUUGGAAUGAAACGGUAAUUUCCCAGUUCUGGACUAGAUUCUUCCCCAUUCUCAGCCUGUUCGAUAUGUCAGUAUUCAAUGAGCACUUUGUCACUCCUAAAAAUAUCGAAUCUUUGAAACAAUCAAUAAGAUAUCCCAUCGUAUCCAUUUUCAUCUUGUGGUACAAUCAUCUCUCCAAAAACUAUAAUGACAAACCAUUGGAUAUUCUUUUGAAGGUCAUGAGGAUGUUUUUAGAAAAGAUGGGACCCGUUUUCUGGCAAGAGAUAGAACCUUACACUUUCCACAGCAUUUUGGAUAACAUCUUUGAAAAAUCCACGUUUGCGACAAAACUCAUCAAGACCCAGAACGAACCGCUACCUCAUAACGACCUUGACAAACUCUUUACAAAGGGGAAUAUUGACGAUUUGCUCUCUUGGAAUCUUCCAUUCUACCAUUCACUAUCUACUUCCAAAAGGAUCCAAAUGGUGAAAAAGGUUUCCAUUGCAUUUCUCAGAAUAAUUGCCAACUUCCCUGAUCUUAAACCUCUUCCUAAGGCCUGCCUGAUGAAUUCAUCUACAGCGUUAUUGUCCGCGGUUCUAACCAUAAAGGAAGAGGAACGUUCACAACUCUACUACAAUGAGGACUUUCAAACAGUUCUAUUUACGAAGACUGAUUCGAGGACUUUGAUGAACAAUCCUAUGGUCCAAAGUAUGGUUAUCAAGUCAGCAACAAACCCAUCAGAAGUUUACCCUGGUUUGGGGAACUCUGCGACGUCUAUUGCCAGAUCAGCUAUGCUGGUCUUGACAAAAUGUAUCGAUUUCGAUAUUCUUUUACUCUGCCAAAGAACUUAUAAACUUUACAUGGGUAAGGCGAUUAGCGACUACCCGUUACCGCUAACACUACUGGAAAAUGUGGUAACCAAAGUCGAUUUGCGGUCAUUUCACGAUGGCCCCUUACUCGCUAAAGAGCUUUUAAUCUCUUUGAGGAACAUCAACGGCCUCCUUCCAGUCAACAUCAAAUCCGCAACUGUCGAAAAACACAACAAUACGGUAAUCACAUUCAUUUAUUUCUCUACCAAACUUAUAGAAAAGUUUGCUGAUAUUUUACCCCAGCAGAUGUCAACAAUUUUGUGUGAUAAAGAAGCUUCACAAGGGUUUUGGUCGUGUGUCUUUUCGUCCGACUCGCAGCUUUACCAAGAGGCAACAAAUAUGUUGUACGACACAUUCGACGUCGAAGGUAGGUUUGAGGGGAUUCAAGCUUUACUGCAUAAAUCUUUAAACAAUCAACUAGAUGCUAUUAAUAUAGUGUUGAGCCAGCUGAUCAAAUGUGAGUUUUAUGAACCAUGUCCUAGAGCAGUCAGAGUUCUCAUGGAUGUUAUUAGCGUAUUCUCUGAUCCAGUUACAGGCCUAAUCUCUAAUUACUCGACUUUGAAAGAUGAGUCAUCGGAUAGAACUGUCGCCAAGUUUUGGUCCCUGAUUUGGUCGUUUUUAGACACGAUAUACCGAUGCACUCUGAAGUGGGCUGCCAAAUAUGACUACUCAGAACUUGAAAAAUUUACUAAGGAUACACUGGAAUUAACCAACUCGCUAGUCGGAUCAUACAGAGAAAUAUCCGACAUUUUGCAUGGCAGUGGAUUUGACCUUUUCAAAAAUAUUCGCAAGGCUUUCAAAAACAUGUUAUAUUGGCUACGUUUAAGCGAUGAGGAGCUACUUGAUUCAUGCGUCAAACUAAUAAUAUCAACGGUUGACUUGGCUUGCGAAAAAAACAUCAAGUUUGACGAUGAAAUUAUAGACGCAAUGGUUCGCUAUGCCUCAAAGGCAAAAACAUAUUCAAAUAAACUAAGCGACUCCCAAACUUCUGAGAUUCUAUCCAAAGCCAGAUUGUGUGAUAGCGCACUUACAGACCGAGUAGUUAAAGAAACUGAAGCUUAUCAUAAGGCAAAGCAGAUGGCCAAAUUACAAGCUACAGAGAGCAAAAAGAAGCAGAGUGAUGCUUUAGAGAAUAAAGCCGAUUUUCUGCAUAGGAAGGCUACAUCAUCUUCACUUAUGAGCCGCCCAAAGAGUUCUCAACCUAAAAUAACGGCGUUUGGUAGUAUGCAACCAGGUGAAUAUGUCUCGUUGAAAACAACUAAAGCAGCGAAGCCAAUGUCCAGAAUGGAACAAGCUAGAAGACAGCUGCUAAACAACAGAAUUGUCCAUCCUCCAAGCACAUCUGUAUUUAACAGUAAACCGUCCGUUCAUCCCACGGAACGUCGUAACUCCAGCAGUGAUGAGAGUGAAGAUGAUGGUGAUAUCGAAACCGCCAGGGAACUGUUUGCCUCGACAAAGAACAAAGGAAAGGGGAUUGGAAUUUUAGAUAUCAACGGCCAAACAAUCAAAAAAGAUACAAGUGCUGAACAGAAAAGACGGGAAGAAGAAAACAUGAGAAGGAGAUUAAAUGUCGAAAUUAAUUCCUUGUACGACGUCAUCCUACAAUGGGAUUAUAAUAGGUCUGAUGAAUAUCCAACAGACAAGAGGGGUGAUAGCUAUGCCGAUGUGAAGGAUGCGUUCAGAUCUGUAGAGGAGUAUCGAAGCAUUAUGAAACCUUUACUUCUACUUGAAUGCUGGCAAGGUUUAUGCUCUGCUCGUGAUAGGGAAGAUAAUCGACCUUUUAGCAUAAUUGUCGGGAAUAGAACUGCUGUAUCUGACUUUUAUGAAGUUUAUGCCUCAGUAUCAAAGCAAAUGAUUCAGGACUCAAGUGUUAGCGAGUCCGAUUUGAUUGUUCUAGCCUACUUACCUGACGUCAGAACAGGCGAAAAGCUAUCGAGUGAGAAUUUCAAAAGAGCUCAAAACACUUGUCUUGCAAAAGUCCGGACAAUCAAACACACCAAGGGCAAUGCUGUUGAUCUCACUCUCAGAAUCCAUCGUAAUCAUCACUUCUCAAAAUUCUUAGUUUUACGUUCCGAAAUUCAUGCCGUGAAAGUCAUGCAGAUGACUACUGUAGAGAGAGAAUAUCAAACUCUAGAAGGGCUGGAGUAUUACGACUUGGUUGACCAAAUCUUACUGGCAAAACCACCUCCAGCAUACUCGUUAUCCCCAGAGGAAAUUGAGGUUGUGAAAAAUAACUACAAGCUAAACAAAUCCCAAGCGGAAGCCAUUGUGAAUACCGUAAUUAAAGAUGGGUUUUCUCUUAUCCAGGGUCCUCCAGGUACCGGUAAAACAAAAACUAUUUUGGGAAUCAUAGGAUACUUUUUAUCAACAAGAAGGACAGCUCCAUCCAAUGUUAUCAAGAUUCCGGGGGAGAAGGCAACUUUAUCACUGGAACAGCAACUAAAGAAGCAAAAAAUUUUGAUUUGCGCGCCUAGUAAUGCUGCUGUUGAUGAAAUCUGUUUGAGACUGAAAAGUGGUGUCUAUGAUGCGCAUGGGAAGCUGUUCCAACCUAAUUUGGUUAGAAUUGGGCGGUCUGAUGUCGUAAAUGUUGCUAUCAAGGACUUGACUCUUGAGGAACUAGUUGAAAGAAGACUUUCUCAAAACAGUUACGAAUUUACUCAAAACUCCGAAUUGGAUCGCAAAUUUAACAACGCCGUUACCAAAAGAAGACAGCUCAGAGAUCAAUUGAAUGCGGAAGAUGGAUCUCCAGUUAGUAAACUGUCAUCAGAGGACAUCACAAAACUGCAAUUAGAAAUCAGAGAACUGAGCAAAGAGAUCAACGAACUUGGUAAACAGCGGGAUGAGAUCAGGGAAAAGAACUCUGUUAAUUAUAGAAGCAGGGAUCUUCACAGAAGAAAUGCUCAGGUCCAAAUCCUUGCAAAUAGUAAUAUCAUCUGUUCUACCCUGUCAGGAUCUGCUCAUGAUGUUCUCGCCACCUUGGGUAUUACAUUUGAUACGGUAAUCAUUGAUGAGGCAUGUCAGUGUACAGAGUUAUCUGCCAUUAUCCCACUGAGGUAUGGUGGUAAACGUUGUAUUAUGGUUGGUGAUCCAAAUCAGUUGCCGCCAACUGUGUUAUCUGGUGCUGCCAGCAACUUCAAAUACAAUCAAUCUUUAUUUGUCAGGAUGGAGAAAAACUCUCAACCGUACUUGCUAAAUGUCCAAUACCGUAUGCAUCCCGAUAUUAGCAGUUUCCCUUCCAAAGAAUUUUAUGACGGAAAGCUAACUGACGGUCCUGGUAUGGAAGAGAUAAACAAGAGGCCGUGGCAUUCUUGUCCUCCUCUGUCACCGUAUAAGUUCUUUGAUAUAGCUAUGGGAAGGCAGGAACAAAACCUCAAAAGCAUGUCUUUCACAAACGCUGAGGAGGUUAGGGCCGCGUUGAAGCUGAUUGAUCAUUUAUUCAAAAAGUUUGAUAACACAGUGAAUUUUACCGGAAAGAUUGGUAUAAUUUCGCCUUAUAGGGAGCAAAUGUUGAGGAUGAGAAGAGAGUUUACUAGACAGUUUGGUGGUUCCAUCACCAAAUACAUCGAUUUCAACACCAUCGAUGGUUUUCAAGGCCAAGAGAAGGAGAUUAUUAUUAUAUCUUGUGUUAGAGCUGAUGACACAAAAUCUAGCGUUGGGUUUUUGAAGGAUUUCAGGCGUAUGAAUGUUGCAUUUACCAGAGCUAAGACAAGUAUGUGGAUAUUAGGACAUCAAAGGUCCCUGGUUAAGAACAAGCUUUGGAGAAACCUAAUCGAAGACGCAAGAAAUCGGAAUAUGAUAGAAAUGAUCGGUCCAAACUUUCUCUUUGAAAACCCGACAAAUAAAACUGUGGUACAAUCGGCUUUGAGACGUUUUUCUGCAGAAGAAACCGAUAGCUAUGAUCCGAUGGAAGUAAAAGAGACAACAAGAAAAAGGAAACUGCAGUCGGAUGCUAAACCUGAUGUUGUGACCCAAAAGAAAGAGAAAGGUCCAGAGGGCGAACAGAGUUUGGAGCAGAAAAGUAAGAAGUUGAAGAAAAGUAAAAAGGAAAAACGGGAAAGCUCCAAAACUGCGAAGAAAUCUGAUACAUUAAAUACUGCCACCGGAACCAAGAAAAAAUCUUCUAUAUUUGGUGCACCAUCUUUGAGUGAUAGUUUACCGAAAAAUCUCUACAUCAACGACGAAGCCAGUAAAGAAAAGAAGAAGAGAGAAAGGAAAGCGGUCAAACACAUCACAUUUUCUGAGACGCCGACCUCCAUUCCAAAUGUCGAGGAGUACAAAAGCUUGAUACCUUCAAAAGACUUGCCCAAACCGACGUCCAGCAUAUACAAAAGUAUGAAAGAGGAUCAAGAAACAAAAAGAAAUCUAGUGACAGAUCACGCUCCAACGAAAGAUAACGAUGACUAUAUACCCACGAUAGGGCCCUCAUCAAUUGAAAGAGCGAAUCCUGCUAUUAGAGAUGUUAAAAAAUCUUCUGGUACUGUUGGGAAAACCACCAAACCAACGCACGAAUCUGAUAAUAAUGUACCAAACACAGCAAAACCGAAAACUAUCCCCAAAACAACUGACAAAGACUUAGCCUCAUUUUCAAAUGAGAAUAUAAUCACUUUGCCGGACAAUGACGAAUACAUUCCGAAGCCUGCUGUCGUUGUUCAAACAGACAAGAAAACAAACCAUCAACAAUCCAGCGAGAACACUGAACCGUUAGUGACACUUACAGAUCACAACAGUGCUCCACCAUCUACGCUAGCUGCUGCUGCAUUUAAGAUUCAGCUGGGACCCCAAACCGUAAGCCUACCAACCGGCCCCAAACAACCUCACCCACAACGUAAUCCAGCAAUGGGCAAACCGCCGGGCAGACGUGGACCAAAGGCCAAUUCGUCUAGCAUGUUUAUCCCCAAGAGAAAGAGACCUUUCUAA